CUAUAUAUUCUCUGCUCUGAAACGAAGCAACAGCGCGAGCAGUUUAGCCAACAUAACCGUGUGUGCAAAGCAUUGGCCUAAUCGCCAUGGCCAUGAGUACUAGAUGCCAUGCUCCGCUCGCAGCCUGCGUCUUUCUCGUCUGUGCCGUCUCCAUGGCCGUCUACACCGCCUUCCCACUCUCCAUGAGCCCAUGUACCAACUCUCUGUCGAGAGCGCUCCUCGCCAUCUCCGGCCUAGACCCGUACAUCACUUCAUGCGCAGACCACGACGACGCCUCCGCCGCCCGACUUUCCGACGGCGGCGGCAGCGACAACAUUAUCGGCGGGCCGAUCGUGACCAACCUACUAACGUGCGGCAAUGCAACCCUCCCGCCGCACGCGCUCCCGCCAUUCUACUGCUGCCCACCGAUGACCACGGCCGAGCCAAUCAACUUCACGUUCCCGGACCCGUCGGAGCCGCUCAGGGUCCGGCGGCCGGCGCACGCGGUGGGCGCGGAGUACAUGGCCAAGUACGAGCGCGUGAUAGCGCUGAUGAAGGCGCUGCCGCACAGCGACCCGCGGAGCUUCUACCAGGUGGCCAACAUCCACUGCGCCUACUGCACCACCUCUUACCGGCAGGCGAACCCGAAGCUGGGCGUCCAGAUCCACUUCUCCUGGCUCUUCUUCACUUUCCACCGCGCCCACCUCUACUUCUUCGAGCGCAUCGCGGCCAAGCUGCUCGGGGAACCUGAGUUCGCGUUGCCGUUCUGGAGCUGGGACGUGCCGGAAGGGAUGAGGAUGCCGGUGGAGUUCGCCAACUCGUCCUCGGUGUUGUACGACCCCAUACGGAACCCGAGCCACGCGCCGCCCAAGCUCGUAGACCUGGACUUCCUUGGCCCGGAGAAGAACUUCACCGAUGAGCAGCAGAUCCAGCACAACCUCAGGGUCAUGUAUAAACAGAUGAUUGGCAACGCCGCUUUGCCCUCCCUCUUCCACGGCCAGCCCUACCGUGCCGGCCAGAACGACAUGCCAGGCGCAGGGACAGUGGAGUUGGCCCCGCACAACACAGUGCACACAUGGACCGGCGACAUAACACUCCCCAACGUGGAGAACAUGGGCGAUUAUUACUCCGCCGGUCGCGAUCCGAUCUUCUACCCGCACCACAAUAACAUCGACCGCCUGUGGCAAGCCUGGCGCGACGCCGGCGUGGCCCGCGGCUACCGCGGCCACGUCGACUUCACGGACCCCGACUGGCUCGACUCCUCCUUCCUCUUCUACAACGAGGACGCUCGCCUCGUGCGCAUCACCGUUCGAGACGUGCUCGACACCGAGAAGCUCCGGUACACCCACGCCGGCGUCGGCAUGCCGUGGCUCGACGCGAAGCCGCCUACCACCCCCAACGUGAACACCAAGAAAGGCUCGCUCAAGUCCGUCAGGUUCCCGGUGUCCCUCGACGCGGCUGUGUCCGCGGAGGUGAGGCGGCCGCGCGUGCUACGAAGCCGGCACGAGAAAAUGGCGCAGGAGGAGGUGCUGGUGGUCGAGGGCGUCGAGACCAACGGCAACGAACUGGUCAAGUUCGACGUGUUCGUGAACGCCAUGGAGCACGAGAAGGUGGAGGCAGGCGGGCGGGAGUUGGCCGGGACCUUCGUGUCCAUGAAGCAGCCCAGCAUGGACCACCGUACAGGGAAGAGGAAGCCGAUGAAAACGAGCAUGAGGGUGGCGUUGAACGAGCUCUUGGAAGAUCUGGGCGCCGAUGGCGACGAGAGCGUGACCGUGACCUUGGUGCCGAGGCGUGGGAACGUUAGGAUUGGAGGCCUGAGAAUCGUGUACAUGACGGAAUGAGAUUAGUACGUUGCAUCACGAAACAUGCACCAUACACCACUGUAAAUCUCUGAGUCGUUUUUGUUGUUGACGGAAACAAAUUCGUUGCUGUGCUAUGUUUGUCAUU